AAAACAUCUGCUUCAAAUUUACUUGUUCGACAGACGAACUUCGAUUGUUCAUAGCCCAAAUGUUAUCCCUUUUUUCAAUAUCAUAACAGCAGAAGAAAUAGAAAGGUAUCAAUUCAUUGAUUUUUUAUUUAGUUUGAUCUUGCUUUCAAAUACAGCAAGUAUUUUUGGAUAUAUAUAAAAAGUCCGUAUUCAAUUUUCAGUCUCUCUAACAUCGAACAUCAACUUAAUACUUCAUACGUUGCAACAUAUCAAAAAUGAAGUCCAAAGAUCAAAAUGAAAAUCCGAUAAAAUAAAUUAGCUAGAUCAGAACAGAAACUCAUUGAAAAUUCUGAAAAAAUCAUAUGCAAUGUCACAUCGUUUUGAAUUCCAUUGUUCAAACAUAUGAGUGCGAGUAAGUGAUAUUAUUGCUGAAUAAACAAAUGACAGCCGUCGCUGAGUCGGCCAAUAUUGGCAAGUGGAGAAUGUCAACAGUUGUAGAAUUGUUGGGCGUUACAAUUUGAAGCGCUUGAAUAUUAUGUUUCAAUAUUUUAUUCCAAAUAAAACAAACUUAACAUCGAAGAAAUUGGCAUAUUUUCACGAUUAUUGCUGAAACAUUCACUGCAUUUCAAAACUCAAUUCAUUUUCUGACCUUCUAUUAAGUAUGAAAAUCCUCUCCACUUUCACACAUUCAACCGUUCCACUCACACUGAAACUAUUGCAAAUGGAGACCCUGAAAUGACAUUUCGCCUUGUUUUCACAUACAAGUUUUUUUUCUCAUCAAAGUUCAUCAAAAACAACGCAUCACGAAAUCGCCUUAAAAAUCCAUAAAACAUAUUGAAAAUCCAUUGUUUUCUGUGAAAUAAAGUGGAAAAAAUUCGUAAUUUCAUGAAAUUCCAUCCAUUGACGUUAAGAUGAAGGGUAACAAGAGACAGCGCGAAAAAGAAUUGGACAAAACAAAAACAAAGCCACCGCACUCCAUUAGUGCGUCAGUCCCGACGAAGGUGCUAAAUGUUGCGAAGAAAUCGCAAGUGAUUCAAAAAAAACCCGACAAAUUAAAAGUGCUGCAAAGCAAAUUGGUGUCGGUACGAAAUGAGAACGGCGUAAAAUCGCUGACCGUUGCAAAAGUGAGUACGCCAGCAAGUGUCAGCAAAACACACGACACACGGUCGGUGAAGAGUAUUUCGACGGCGCCAAAGCCCAUAUCUCAAGUGGAGUUGAAGCAAAAUGUUAAGCCACGAAUGAAUGUGGUCAGCAAACCAGAGGCAAAAUCAAAAGAAGCAACGGCAAAGACACCGGAAACGAAAGAUAUCAUUUGCAAACAUUGUAAUUUACAUUUUUCAACGGUGACUUGGCUGAAGAAACACAUUGCAAGCAAUCAUGCGGGCACAUCGAGUGUAUCAAAACCACAAUCAGAUCAAAAAUCCAAAAUUCUGAACUACAAAAAGCAAUUGGAAGUCAUUCAGCAAACGUUGGAUAAAAAGAGUACGACGGAAAAAAGUAAGAAAAGGGUUGCCGCCAAGCAAGCAUCACCAACCAAACAAAAGCUACGCGAACAAUUGAAGGCUCAGUUAACGGCACAACAAAAACUGUUGCAAGUGCAACAGGAAAUUUUCGAAAAGACAAGCAAAGCGCAACAAGAUAUUUUCGAGUUGAUUGCCAAACUGGGCGAUGACAGUGAUGUAGAAGAGGGUGUUGAACAUGGAGCCGAAUUCGUGAAGAUUGAAGAAAAACAUGCUCAAGAGCCCGAAGUAUACUAUGAUAAUCCAGAGGGUGAGUUGAUUGUGGCCGAAAAUGUUGAAGAAUAUGCUUACAUGCCGGAAAACUAUGAGAUCGAUGAGCAGCAGAUAGUAACAGAUGACGGCGCCUAUGUUAUGCUAAAUGAUCAAAAUAUCGUGUCAGAAUCGGCAGAAAAUCAAGCGGUUAUGGUGAUCGUUCAGUCUGGUGACGAUGAAGAGGAGUACGAAUUGCUGGAUGUGGUCGAAGAACAACUGUACGAAACCACAAACCCACUGGAACACAUUGAUAAUGGCAUUGAUUUUGAAGUUGUUGGCAAAGACAGUAACAGCGUUCACUGUCGCAUUGUUGCGAAUGAGGAGGCCACAGAAGAGAUCGAGUACGUGGAUGUACAGGUUGACAAAGUUCCUGUCAAGCUUGAAGUUGGCAAACUCCAGCAAAUUGCCCAAAAACGCUUCAACAAACAAUUAGACAAAAUAAAAAUCGAAGAAAGUCCAGAAAAUGAUCCAGACUCCAAACUGUUGAAUACCACUAUCAAUAAAUCGGAAAAGAUGACCAACGAAUACAUUCAAAAAAUUGUACAAAAUGCAGUUCCAACGGAAGACAACAAGUUUCAAUGUCCCCUCUGUCCUGAAAUGGUUUCAAAUAGAUACAGUCUGGGUCCGCACAUUCUUCGCUUACACUCGAAGCAAAAGAGCAAAAUCUGUCAGUACUGCGAUCGCUCGUUCACAUGCACAGGCGAUUUGACAAGACAUGUUCGAAUCCACACCGGCGAAAAACCGUUUAAAUGCUCAUAUCCUAACUGCACUUACGCAUUCCGAGCAUCAGGAGAUCUGCACAAACAUAUGAGACGACACAAUUCAGCCACAGUUAAUAUUCGACAACACGUUUGCACGGAGUGUGAUCGAGCGUUCGAAAGAAACUACGAUCUGAAGAGACACGAACUGACUCAUAAAAAGCACGAAGCCGGUGUUGGUUUCGAUUGUGAAUUCUGUACAAAGCGUUUUGUUCGCAAGGACCAGCACAAGGCUCACGUAUAUCGUCACUUAGGUAUCAAGCAGUACAAAUGUCCGGAUUGCGACCGUCACUUUGGCGAUUUCUCCAAUUGCCGCAAACAUAUUGCACAAUGUCAGGCGGGUGAUGUGAAGCCAUUCGGUGUGGACGAUAAUGAGCCGCAGUACAUUUGUGAGAUUUGCAACAAGCGUUUCCGUAGCAAAGUGGGAAUGAAGCAGCACGUCAUCAAGUGUGCCAAAAUCACGGAAUUGCAAAAAAAGUUGCAAGAGACAUUCAAGCAAAUGGAAGAAGAAUAACAAGAGAUCGAACUAAUAAUCAAAGUGAAAUGAGUCCAAGCUAAAAAUAGGAACACCUCAAAAACAACACACAUAUUUAGAUGAAUUUUUACUUAAAAUUUUCUUUAUUGAAAGUUUCACGAAAGGAAAAUGCGAUGAAAACAAGAUCCGGAACACGCAAAUUACAAUUGUUUUUUUCUAUCUCUUGUUUUACACACAAAUUCGUUAACACAAAUUUAGCGCAAACAAAAAAAUUCAGAUAUAACUGAAACACGUAACAUUUGUUGAUUUUAUUCUCAUUGAUAAUAAUGAUAAUAAUAAUAAUAAUGCAAUCCUAGUAAUCGAUUUUGCAAA